AUGGACACACCUGUUAGAGCUAAGAAACGGAGGCUGGACCAUUUGUCAUGGGAGGAAAAACUCCAACGGAAAAAGCUGAAAAACCGCGUGGCUGCGCAGACGUCCCGCGACCGCAAGAAGGCCAAAAUGGACCAAAUGGAGAAGGCCAUCCAAGAAUUGUUUUCCAAGAACGAGGUGUUGCUCGAAGAAUGUAACAAGUUGAAGAGCUUGAACGAGCGGUUGUCGGUAGAGAACGCAGAGCUCAGGACGAGAUUGACGUCGUGUUCGAUCCCUCCUUCGGCCGCAAGGAACAGUCACACACUCAGCAGCGGUUCUGAGGCACCAAACAACGGCCCUGUUGAAGAUUGUAUUGGCCUGCCUUCUCUACCGGACCUCCUUGACGAGCUCAACAACGACGUGGACAUCUCAUCACUCGAGCAACUCACGCAGAGCCUUCUUCAAGAUAUCGCCAGAGACCUGGAGGCUGCUGCUGAAAAGGCAGAUAUUCAAGAACAAGCUAGCAGUCAAGAAAACAAUUCGGGACAAGUGGUGGGGACGUCACCAAAACAGCUGGAAUCCGAUGGAAGUGAUCUGCUAAUCAAAGAAAACCAAGAUCCACUGAUAAAAGAUAUCUCACAGUAUCUCUUACUACAUCACAACUACAGCGCAAAACCACUCGAUCGAAAAUGUAAAAGCAGUCGAGCACGCACCAGCACUAAGUGUAACAGCAGGCAAAAACCGAAGAACAUUUUACCUAAAGCGGAGGACAAUUCAAAUAAAUUAGCUUCGUUCGUGGAUUUGGCGGUGUCCGAGCUGCAGGGUCAGUCGGACGUCGUGUAUGGCACCUUCGACGAAAACACGAACUGCAUCACGAUCAUCGUCGAAGACGAGAGCUGUCUGGAAGAGGUCGUCGAUGAGGAAAUUCUGGUGGAAAGUGACCAUUUGGCCGUUCCUUCACGCACCACGUCGGUGGGAAGUGCUUCCCCGAUUUCUAGCUCGAGUUCGGACUGUGGGUACGAGUCCAUAGGAUCGCCUGACAGUUUAAGCGAAACGAACGACAUAUGGGACGACAGAGUUUCAGAGCUAUUUCCAACGUUGAUUUAACGUGUUUUUGUAAAUAUCGUACAAAUAGGUGCUUAAGAAGCUAAUUUAUUUUGUUUUGUAUAAAUGACAUUUAUAUAACUAUAUAAUAUAGGUAAAAUUACUCCUCUAAGAAAUAUGACUCAAUAAAAAAUGUGUAUGUAGUAA